GUACGUAAAUCAAUUUCACAGAAAAUGUUUUGCAAAUCGCUGGCGUUGCUGGUGCGAUUUUGUAUUUGAAAAUGUCCCAAGUACAAAAAUACCUACGUGUGUCAAAAAUUUCACAUCAAUUUGUUUGCGACGACGAAAAAGUAAUUAUAGUAUUUGCAGAAUGAUGUUCAGUGUUCAAACUUGGUGUAUUUUCGGCGCUCGCUACGCACAAGCAUUGUGCAAAACAAGUGAGAACAUUGCUGUCGGGCAUAGACGACUGCAGAACACAGUGUAAUUAGAUUGAGAACAGGUCGCAAGUAAUCUCCUUAGCUGUGUGUGGGCAUGCUUUGAGAAUUGAAAAGGGCUGUCAUUAAUAUUCGUUUAAGCCAUAUUGUUUUUAGUGACUGUAGCUCUUGAGCUGUGCUGGAUAGUAGAAGAAUGUAUUAAUAAGAUAGCUCCCAAACUAGGUAACAUUAACGCUAAAAUAUGUAUAGGCUUUGGCCAAUUCUAAGAGAUACGAUCCAAGUUUGAUGAGUGUGUUAAAAAAAAACUUGCUUCAAUGCGGAUGGACAGCAUGACGUACAUUGCAACAAAGCAAUGUUCCCUUAUAUACCAUCUCGAUCUGGGAGUAUAAAAAUAGCGCAGUUGCGCGUAGACAUUUCAUUGUCCAUGGCCUUGAAGGAACUUUCCAUCUUAAGCAUGUGCAGUCCCAUACACAAUACACAUAAAACGUUACAUAAGUUAUUUUUAAAAUGAUUUAGCAGUGCUCGAUUUAGAUGGCAUUCGGAUCUAGAUCUCGCGUCCACUCGACCACUCAAAAAUAUAUAUAAAAUAAUCAAUAAAGUAUUUUCAUUUCUCACAAAAUGUUCGAAUUAGUCCGUGAAUAUUGGCCGUUGCUAAGGGAUUUAUACGAAAACGAUCGUACAAAUGUCACCGGUUACGAUUUAAUCAAUUCUUUUAUCUAUGCAAAAAAUGUGAAAAUUUUCACCACCGACGACAAUUGGUUGGAACAUGGCAGUUUUGUGCUAAUUCAUAGUACUGAGCAUAAGGCGGACGUCUAUUUAAAUACGUUAAAUGGAAAUCUGAUUGAUUUGCAAAAUCUGCUCAGCGAUUUACAAUUGACAGCUCGGCAUUGGCUGUGCGGCUAUCGACAUCUGUUGAAGAAUGUUGUCAAACAAUAUUGUGUGGAUAGGAAUUUGAAUUUAAAGAAAUUGGACUAUCUGGAGACAUUUGUAUAUCAUUUGCCACAGGAGGCAAUUCAAUCACUUGAUUACCGCUCGAUUGCAGAUAUUAGCUUUGGACCCCUGCACAUCGAACACGCUGCUCUAGUGGAUGAGCACUGGCCAUAUCGGUCAAGUGAUUCGUUGGCAUUGAUAAGAAGUCGAAUUCGACACAAUAUCAGUGUGGGUGCCUUUGAUGGCGAUGGACAUUUGUUGGCCUGGUGCUUGAGAUCAAUCCAUGGCACUCUGAGUAAUUUGCAUGUUUUGCCAUCUCAUCGGCGUCUUGGACUCGCUUCGGUGCUGGUGCGUCUUAUGGCUCAGGAAAUUGCAGCAAGUGGCGCUGAGGUUUUGGCCACAAUUGCCUUUGACAAUGACAUAUCACAGAUGUUUUUUGAAAAACUGGGAUUCAAGCAUAUUGAUGAUAUCUAUUACACCAUGGUUCCGACGUUAUAAUCAAACAGCAAUUGCAUUUAUAUACACAUACAUAUACAUAUACAUAUACAUAUAC